AAGAGAAAGAAACCCAGAGAGAGAGAAAGAGGUGAAAACAGCACACGGAAAGUACAUUUUUCUCCAACAUUUUUUGACGGGUGACUUUGCAGUAGCACCCACGCAACUUUGGACGAGUGAAUGCGGGACUGCAAGUUGUGAGAGCGUCCCUAUUUUUAAACAGUUUUUUUUUUGUAGGGGGGGCGUGGACGUCGGAGGAGCUGCAGUGAGCGUGUUGCCUCCUGGCCGCACUUCCAGCGUGGAGUGACUGACGUGCACGCCGGAUCGGCUUUUUUUUUGCAGGAAUCUUUGAAUUUUUUUUUUUAUCCGGAGACUUUACCCAAACCGGUCGUGCAAGUAUUUAAAACGAAUCUUCUUUGGAGAUAUCCAACCCGUGGAAAGGAAGUUUGGAGCCAAAAGUGAGGAUCUAUUAUUUCAUUGUGUCAACACUGGCAGGUGUUGCGUUCACGUUCACUUUCGCCAACUCAACGGAUUAAACCUUACAUUUUUUUAAAGGGGAGGAAUGUGUUUAAUUGUGCCGCUUAGGGUGUUGAUUCUCACGGGAUGAUGCGUUCAAGACGCCGGGUGGGAAAGUGACUGUGUUCCGCGCUCCCUGAAGACACCACCGCCGAUUGAAAGCAUGACGAGCACCGGACCUGUCAUCGUCUUCGAGUGGCUCAAGACCCUCCAGCUGGCCCAGUAUGUCGAAGCCUUCGUGGACAACGGCUACGACGACCUGGAGGUGUGCAAACAGAUCGGCGACCCUGACCUGGACGCCAUCGGGGUCUACGUCGCGCACCACCGGCAGAGGAUCCACGAGGCGGUGCGCCGGCUGAAGGAGGAAGCCAAAGACGCGGCGAACGGACUGUACUUCACCCUGGAGCCCAUCACGACCAGCGGGCACAUGCGAGCCUCCAAGUCGUGGACCGAGGUCAGCAGUGAGCGAGGUGGCCGAGGGGUGGGUUACAUCGGGGCGCAGAGGAACCUGACCCUGGGCAACAACCGGAGGGAGAUGGUCAUCUACCCCAAACUCAAGCUCAAGAUCAUGAUCCGGGAUAAACUCAUUAGAGACGGCGUUAAUCUGGCCAGACUGCCUUACUCCAAUAAGGAUGGUUCACUGGGGAACAUAGAUGACCUUGCUCAGGAGUACUCCGAGUACUACAACACGUGCUUCAGCGACGUCAGCGACCGCAUGGAGGAAUUACGCAAAAGACGAGUCUCCCAAGACCUCGACAUGGAGAAACAAGAUCCAAACAAUGUGUCUCUGCAGCUUCGCACUGAGAUCCAGGAGUCGCUCGGCUUCAGCAGUGAAGUGUCCACACCAGAAACAGACAGAAAGAUGUCCCUGCAAAAAUCCAGCUCUGAAGACGGAUCAGGAGGUAAAUGGGACAACAAGAAGAAGAACAAGUCAUUCUGGCAGAACUUCCGCAAGUCUCAGCACAAGCCUACCGCGCGACAGAUAUCCAAAGGUGAGGACAUCGGCUACGUUGCCAGCGAGAUCACAAUGAGCGAUGAAGAGCGAAUCCAGCUGAUGAUGAUGGUGAAAGAGAAGAUGAUCACUGUGGAAGAAGCUCUGGCUCGGCUGAAGGAGUAUGAGCGCAGCAGACAGUCCAGCAGUACUGACACUGCAGAGUGGACUGACGGAUCUGCAGCCAGUCUAAACCAGUCCUCAAACUGCAACCAGUCUCGUGAACAGUCCGACGACGAGCAAUCGGAAGAUUCCGUGAAGUUCAAACGGCUUCACAAGCUGGUUAAUUCUACGCGUCGAGUCAGAAAAAAACUGAUUAAGGUGGAAGAGGGCAAGAAGCAUGGCUCUGAAGACUUCCUAACUGUGGAGUCAGUUCCCACCUGUGACGACAACACAGCUUUGUACACGGGCGUCCUGAAGAAAUCCUACUUUCCCCAGGAGGCCUCCCUCAGCCAGGACCAACUCUCUGUGGAUGGUGAAACAGACAGCCUGACCACCUCCCCUUCCUCCAGUAGCCUGGACACCUGGUCUGGACACCGGCUGGUCAAGACCUUCAAUAAGUCUUCCAGUACCCACGGACUCAUCCGCCCCCAAAAGAGAACCACCCAGGACGGUUCUAUCUCCGGCGUGCGAGGUAGCGGCUCCUCCUUCUCGGAGCUCGAUGGCUGUGGAUUGGACGACGAGGGGAAGUUAUCGCGCUCCACGACCGACAGCGAGAUGCGGAAGGCUCUGAGCUCCAUCUCCCACGGGAGAACAUGCAGCUUUGGUGGCUUCGACCUGACCAACCGUUCCCUCCAUGUGCUCAACACAGAGGCCCAUAAUAAAGAACAGGAGGCCAUUUACAGAGAGGUGGUCAAGUCCCCCACCACCUCUCGGAUCUCACUGGGAAAGAAGGUCAAGUCAGUCAAGGAGACCAUGAGGAAGCGCAUGUCCAAGAAGUACAGCAGCUCUUUGUCCGAGCAGUCCAGUCCAGAUGGAACACCUGGAUCUCCACAGUCCCCGCAAACUUACAGUGACUCCCUGGAGAAGCCCAAACUCAAGGCCGGAGGUUCAGUGGAAAGUCUUCGCAGUUCGCUCAGCGGACAAAGCUCAAUGAGCGGUCAAACCGUGAGCACAACCGACUCGUCCGCCAGUAACAGAGAAAGUGUCAAGUCUGAGGAUGGCGAUGACGAGGAGCCGCCUUACAGGGGUCCGUUCUGCGGUCGCGCGCGAGUCCAUACGGACUUCACGCCGAGCCCUUACGACACAGACUCCCUCAAACUGAAGCACGGUGAUGUGAUCGACAUCAUCAGCAAGCCGCCCAUGGGCACCUGGAUGGGCCUGCUCAACAACAAAGUGGGCACCUUCAAGUUCAUCUACGUGGACGUGCUGAGCGAGGAAGAGGAGAAGCCCAAGCGGCCGAUGAGGAGGAGGAGGAAGGGCAGACCACCCAAGCCGACGUCCGUGGAGGAGCUGCUGGAGCGCAUCAACCUCAAGGAACACAUGCCGACCUUCCUGUUCAACGGCUACGAGGACCUGGACACUUUCAAACUGCUGGAGGAGGAGGACCUGGACGAGCUGAACAUCAAAGACCCUCAACACAGAGCUGUGCUGCUCACCGCUGUAGAGCUACUGCAGGAAUAUGACAGCAGCAGCGACCCGGAGCGUGGCGGUCUGCCGGGCUCCCAGGAGAAGCUGCUGUCCGACGGUGGAGGUCUUGUGGGAGACUCCCCGCGGGACUCCGGGUGCUACGAGAGCAACGAGAACCUGGAGAACGGUAAGAGCAAGAAGACGUCCCGUUCCGGUCGCUCUUCCGCCGGCCAGUCUCCGGACUAUCCCACCCUCCCCAUGACUAUUUCCAGUGAGGCGCUGCAGCAGGACAGCAAGAACCAGCGCACAAAGUUCCCUAAAAGCUUAUUCAGCAAAUCCUCCCUGAAGGCUUUCAACCUGCUGGGGCUCCGCAAAGCCCAAAGACAUUCGCCCGUCGGGACCAGUCGGAGCUGCGAGGACCUGGACGAACCCUUCCUGCUCACCGCGUCGUGGAAGCGCUCCCACUCUCUGGGGGACCUGCACUGGGAACAAAGGACGGACAUGGAGGUUAAAGCUCCGGACGCCAGGAGCCCCAUUAAGGGUUCUCCGAGGACUUCACCAGUGAGUCCAAAACCGAGGCUUGACAGACCACCUGUGCCCUCGCAGUUGCCUCUACGCCCGCCCUGCCCCACCAGCCAAGCCCCCUCCCCUCCAGCGCCAACCUCAAGUCCCCCUGAGUCCACCUCAGGUAAUGAGAGAGUGCUUCGAACUCAUGCCAAAAAGCCACCAGUGCCGCCUCCUGUCCCCGCUAAGAAGUCCAGAGAAAGACUCGCCAACAGUCACUCCCCCCUCUCCCUGCCUUCUUCGCCGUCCCCCGCGCCUUCCCCGACACGCUCGCUCACCCGUUCCCAACCGAGCAGCCCCGUAACUCGCUGCAGCGCAAGCGCCGCUCCGCCGCCGCUGCCCGCCAAGACGCCGAGCAGCCCCUGCCACGCCUCGCCGUCCCCCGGAGGAGAGGACGCGGGCGCAUCGCAGCCGCCCCCUUGGCUCUCCGACCUGGGGAGCAAGGUGGCCGUGUCCAGGAAGGUGUCCCAGUCCAAGAUGAGCCCUGACCUGCUCACCCUGCUGGAGCAGCGACUGGAGGCUGAGGGCAUCGAUCUCACGGAGGAGCCUUACUCGGACAAGCAUGGCCGCUGUGGCAUCCCCCAGCCUCUGGUGCAGCGGUACUCCGAAGACCUGCAGCAGCCCGUCAAGGAAGUGGCGUCCAGCGUGGACCAGUUGAGGGUCCGAGAGCUACGCAAACAACACCGCAUGGCUAUCCCGUCCGGCGGUCUGACCGAGAUGUGCCGCAGACCCGCGCCCUCAGGCAACAUCAACACUGUCUCCGACUGGCUGGUCUCCAUCGGCCUCCCCAUGUACGCCUCGUCUCUGGCGGCGGCGGGCGUCAACUCCGUGAGCGGAGUGGCCUCGUUGACGGAGAGCGGCGCCCGGGGGGCCGGGGUGCGGGACGAAAGACACGCCCGACGCAUGAUAGGCGAGGCGCGGGCGGCAACCGCCGCGGGCAGUGACGCUGAGUCUUAAACAAAGUGUCACAAACUCGCCUUUUUAAUUUACAAUGGAGGGACGCAUUCUUACCGAAGCAUUUGCCUUGGAGGACGACAGCACAUUUUUUUGUAGGACCUGUUUGUCAAGUCACUUCACAGGUGCUUGAAUUUCUUGUGAAGAAAGAAUUAGAAGCAAGUAGCGCCGCCAAAGCAUCAAUGACACACGGAACACAAGAAAUAUUAAGCAUGUGACUCAAUUAUACAACAUGUUUCAGUAUGAUACUCUGCUUCAUUUUCUGCCAAGCUGAAAAAUCCCACUGUAUCCAAGCACAUUGAACUACACAUCGCCUCAGCAUUACAGUAUGAAUGUUUAUGGUAGUCACUUUUUUAGUAUUGAAUGUGCCGGAGCAUUAUUUUUCUUGUAUUUUAACUUAAAAACACCCAUUAUAUGAGAACUUAACAACAAUAUCCAAAGAGACACAGCUGAUAUUUGGAAUCAAGCACAAUUUGUGCACAGUGGAAUCUCUGAAGUGCAAUUGGACGACAAUGACGUAAAACUUGGAAAUUCGCUGUUUUAGCACAGCACGGCAGUUUGCUUUUGUAACUCAUUAGCAUUGUCACUUAGCAAAGACAUUUUUUUCGUUUUUUUUACAUUUACCAAUGCUUAACUUAUUUUUACACUUGUGUGUACAUUCCUAAGUGUCCUAAGCUCUUAAGAGCAGAACACACGCCUGCAAAAUGUCACUGAAUGAAUGACAGAGUGCUUCCUAGGGAAUUUUACCCAAACUUAUUCCUAGCCCCUUCCUGCUCCGUCACUGAUUAUACCCUUUAAUGACAGAUUUCCCAGGCACCGUUAGUGCUUGUCAUAAAAAUGAAUGGUACUGGGAUCGAAACAAGAGUUGAAGAUUUAAAAAAAAACAAAAAAAACUAUUUGAAUCCUCAGAGGACAAAAGCUGACUUUGUUGUCAUUUCAGUUCCUAUUGCUGUAUUUUGGGCCAUUAUUUUUUUUUACUGUUACUUCAUUAGACAUGAUUUUUUCAUGUUACAUUUUUUUUUAUUCCAAAGUCCAAUGCAUUCACAGGUGCACAAUACACUGGCAGUUAUUCCACAAUACCCCAAAGCCAAACAAGACAAAAAUGUGUAUAUAUAUAUAUAUAUAUUUUUUUUUUUGUUAAAAUCUCUCAACUUUAGCCCUAAACAAAAAUGCCAAACAUGCAAUGUUUUUGUUUUUGUUUCAUUUUAACCCCUUAAAUGCAUUUUAAACAAAUGUUACCACAGCUGUCAUUUAGUAUAAAUGUGCAUAACCAUAAUCAAUUAUUUUACUGUGUGACAUUAUCUGAUCACAAGGCCUUCGAAAGGGUCACAUUUUAAUAAACAUGUUUGAUAUUUUUGUUUAGGACUGAAGUUUAUUGAGAGAUUUCAGAAAGAAAAAAAAGAUUAUUCCCUUAUGACUUUGACGUCGUGUUUGGCUUUAAAGAUAAUUCUUAAUAGAAUAUCCCCAAAGGCUUAAAAUUAUUUUCCAGAUUUUCCCAUGAAUUUCUUUUAGUACAAAGCAUCCAUCUAAUUACCUUUCUAAAGAUAUUAAUAAAAAUGGUUUGCACAUAAAUAAAAAUGGGUGAAACAAUCAAUACAAUUCUGCAUAGAGCCCCUAUGCAUGUCCUAUUUAGCUUGAUUCACCUUUUCCCUAAAGCAGGGGUGUCAAAGUAAUUUUAGCUUGGGGGCCACAUGGAGAAAAAUCUACUCCCAAGUGGGCCGGACUGGUAAAAUCACGGCACGAUAAUUUAAAAAUAAAGACAACUUCAUAUUGUUUUCUUGGUUUAAAAAUAGAACAAGCACAUUCUGAAAUUGUACAAAUCAUAAUGUUGUUAAGAGUUUUUUUUACACUUACAUGUUGCGGUUAAUCAUUUAUUUGUCGUUAUUUAUAUUUACUGAAUAAAUUAUGUGAAAAUGUUCAUCAGUCAACUCAUUGGUGUUCAUUUUCAAUCUAUCAAGAUAAAAAAAUUAUAUCAAAAUCAAAUUUCAGGAUGUUAAUUAUGUAGUUUGAUCAUUUUCCUCGACUGAUGUACUAAAAUCAUGUGGUUUAUUUUGUACAUAUGUAGCAUCAUCUACAAAGAUACAAACAAUUGCUAUUGUGACAUCUAGUGGACACAUUUAGAACAGCUGUUUCUUUCAUCCUAAAAUUUCAGGUUAAUUUUUAUACUUAGCAAACUCGUCACGUGGGCAGGAUAAACCCUGUUCGGGCCGUACGUUUGACACCCCUGCUCUAAAGCCAAAUCAGAUUUUUUUAAUGCUUUUAAUUGCUUAACUUCUUUUUACAUUUUCCUAAAAAAAACAGAUUCAUAUGAUGUCAAAAAGGCUUCUUUAGUUUUAUCCUUUUGGUAUGGUCGUUUUCCAGCUUUGGAGCAAGCAUCAUAGGGGGUGUAAAGGUGUUUACUUUAACACCUGAGGCUCACUUUUUCUACACUCUUCAGUUGAAAACAACAAUCAUCAAAUGAUCUCAGACCAGAGGUGUCCAAACAUUUUCCAGCGAGGGCCACAUAGAGGAAAAAUUGGAAGGAUGCGAGGGCCACUUUUAUACAUUUUGCAUAUGAAAAAUACUCCGACCAAAACAGUGUAGCUGAACAUAUGCCAACAUUUGAAAAACACCUUAGCUUUGUGUUAUAGACCAGUGUUUUUCAACCUUUUUUGAGGCAAGGCACAUUUUUUGCUUUGAAAAAAUGCGGAGGCACACCACCAGCAGAAAUCAUUAAAAAACGAAACUCAGUUGACAGCAAAAAGUCGUCGUCGCAAUUGUUGGAUAUGACUUUAAACCAUAACCAUCAAUAUAACGCUUAACUCAAAGUACUGUCACCACCUGUCACAUCACGCCGUGACUCAUUAUGACUUUUUGGGGGUUUUCCUGUGUGUAGUGUUUUAGUUCUUGUUUUGCACUCCUAUUUUGGUGGCUUUUUCUCUUUUUUGGGGUAUUUUCCUGUAGCAGUUUCAUGUUUUCCUUUGAGCGAUAUUUCCCCGCAUAAACUUUGUUUUAGCAAUCAAGAA